AAAAUUAAUACAUGGCGUUUGUCGUCCAGGGAACUAUUUUUCAUUUCUGUGUCCCAAAUAAAGUUUAUUUAUAAUGUACACGAGUUAAUUAUGCCAGUGCUGAUUUCGGCGUGAAGUUGCACGGUCUGGGCGAAUACAGAUAUGUUCAACAUAAACAAACUAUGUCUGUUUUCUUGUCUCUGCGUUAUUGUUAUUAUUGUCCUCUAUUUUCAAUCAGAAAUCGCUCGUUUGGAGGAUAAUUAUCGUAAAUUAGAGUUUAGGCUGGUGCAAACUCACUCGGAAUCUCGCCAGUUUUUCCCUAAAGUACCGGAGAAAAGUGACGAUGAUACUGUGGUGAUAUACAACAGGGUCCCGAAGACGGGAUCGACGAGUUUCGUGGGCGUAGCGUACGAUUUGUGUAAGAGGAACAACUUUAAAGUGUUACAUAUCAAUAUUACUGCGAACAGACAUAUCAUGUCUUUGAACAACCAGUAUAAGUUUGUUCAGAACGUGACCAAGUGGCAGGAGGUGAAGCCAGCCUUGUAUCAUGGGCACAUGGCCUUCCUCAACUUUGAUAGGUUGGGAGCCACAUCAAAGCCUAUAUUUGUAAACUUAAUAAGGAAACCUCUUGAUAGACUAGUAUCAUAUUAUUACUUCUUAAGAAAUGGUGACAAUUACAGACCACAUUUAGUGCGGAAAAAGCAUGGUGAUAAAAUGACGUUCGACGAAUGCGUGGAGCGGGGUCAGCCGGAUUGUGACCCCAACAAUAUGUGGCUGCAAGUGCCCUUCUUCUGUGGCCAUUCUGCUGACUGCUGGAAACCCGGCAACCAAUGGGCAUUAGAUCAAGCGAAACACAAUCUAGUCAACCAUUAUCUCCUAGUAGGUGUUACAGAACAAAUGCUCGACUUUAUAACUGUUUUGGAGGCUACUCUACCUCGCUUCUUCAAAGGAGCCACAGAAUAUUACUUAAACAGUAACAAGUCCCAUCUAAGACAAACUAGCUCUAAGAUAGAACCUAACCUCCUUACUGUAGACAAAAUACAACAAUCGACAAUUUGGAAAAUGGAAAACGAACUCUAUGAAUUCGCGUUAGAACACUUCAAUUUUGUCAAAAGAAAAUUGUUAGCCAAAGAAGCUAAUAAUGUCGCCCAAAUAUAUUUCUAUGAGAAAAUACGGCCUAAAUAAGGAUUAUUUUAAUGUUACUUUUGUAUACCGUUCUUAAGGUGGACACAUAAUACCUUUUUGAGGUAAAAAUAUUUUUUAUCGACUUAGUUCCCAAUUUCCAGGCGAAAUAACUACUUAAAUAAAUAUUUUUGUGUACUAAUAUUUUUUUUGUUAAUUAUCAAGUUAUUUAGUGAAUAAGUUUUUUUUUCUUGAUAUUAUUGUCCGUACUCUUUACAGAUUUUUGAAUUAUGUGUUGAUCAUUCCAGAGUUAGAUUAUAUUUGUAAAGACGGUUUUACUGUGUGAACAGGGAAAGUAGAACGAAUUGAAAUAUUGUGGCUAUGUUGAGCGUGGCUAAAUAGUUAAUCCCAUUAACGUGGAACAAUGACCUAUUUCUUUCGCUUGAGUUAAAAUUAGAUAAUGGUCGCGAUUAAAUAAACUAUUCCGCUUCAUGAUGCCAUGAAGGAACCCAAAACAAUAAUAACCUACAAUAGUGUAUUUUUGUCUAUGGCAAGCACAAAUGACUGUUCCAAUUUUGAAUUUAAAAAAUGCUGGCCAAUAAAAAAGAAACUUAUCACAUAAAAAAAAGUAAAAAAAAAUAA